AGCAAGUAGAAUUAAAACACGUCAGUAUUUUAUUAAAUUAAUAAGAUAAAUUGUGCUGUAAGAUACUGUUUACUUAUUUAAUAUUAUAUGUGCUGCGCUAUAUUAUCGCUCGGGGGUUUGCGGUAUGGAAAUUAACAGGAUAGUUAGCUUGCACUUCUUAAUCGUCUUUAUAAUAAUCUGGAGGGUGUCCUGCGAUGUGAAGCCGCCAAUUAUCAACCCCGGGAUACUAACUCCGGCGAAGACUAUCGGAGAGUGUCACUCGUGUAAAAUAUUCAUAGAAUCCUUUAGAAAUGGCCUCGAAAGAACCGCUCGAGGUAAAUAUGAGGGGGGCGAUGCCGCGUGGGAGGAAGAAAAGCUGAAAAAAUCAUACAAACGCAGCGAAAUGAGACUGAUAGACAUACAAGAUGGUCUAUGUAAGGAGGAGUCAAAAUAUGCCGUGCAGUGCCACCAUACGGCGGAAAAAGCCGAGGAAUUUAUAGAGGAGUGGUGGGCCCAAAACCCUGACGAAUCUGACGAUCUAUUCACUUAUAUUUGUAUUGAUAAAAUGAAACUGUGCUGCCCGAAGCAUCAUUAUGGCAAGAGCUGCACGCCGUGUCCCGGUGACCACAGCAACCUGUGCAAUGGUCACGGCAGGUGCCGGGGGGAGGGCACGAGAAAAGGAAAUGGGACCUGUUUGUGUGACCCGGGGUACAAAGGACCAAAUUGUGAUGAGUGCGCUCCAGGGUAUUACCAAUCUAAGAGAGAUGAUAAAGAUGUAUGCUUGAAGUGUCACAUCUCCUGCAUGGGAGGCUGCAGAGAUGGCACAGCUCGGGACUGCAUUGCCUGCAAACACGGCUUCGAGUUUGACAUCGACGAAGGCUGCAUGGACGUUGACGAGUGUAACGAUGAGAAAGUAUGCAAGCCCAACCAGUUCUGUGCUAAUUCUGUUGGCUCAUACAAAUGUAUAAACUGCCAUAAGUUCUGCAACGGAUGCUACGGAGACGGCCCAGACAUGUGUAAAAAGUGUGCGGACGGGCACACCAAAAAGGGACAAUUUUGUUUGUCUGACAGCAACAUGGAUGAUGAGGCGGAACGGUUAACUAAAACAAGGUACAUAACAUAUGUGGGUCUUCUCGUGGCUACAGGGAUUCUGCUUCCGAAGUCAACACACAUCGGAAGCAUGGUCGGUAUAAUGGUGUUGUCGUACAUAGUGGGUGCCGAGUACUAUUGUAUGAUAAACGGACACAUGGGACUCAUUAAUCUAAAAGACUUGGAUUUGUUCCAGUUGUUUGUGUUAUAACGAAAGCAAGCGAAGAGCAAGUUUUUGAAGUGAAUUUACGAUUUGAUUCAGUAUUAAUUUAUAAAACACCACCCCAAGUGGAACAAACUAAGCUAAACCAAAAUUUUAUGAGAAUUAAGGGCACUUCUGAAACCUGUAUGUUUAAGGAUUUUAUAAGUGACAGGCUAUCUGUAUAAAAUAUUAUGUAAUCCAUUUUGGUUUAGUUGAGUAUAGGCAUGGGGCAUGCUAUCUUGAGUCUGUUAUUGCAGACAUCAAUAAAAUGUAUACACUUUUUUUUAAAUGCACUAUUAUCGAGAUCGGUUAAAAUAAAUAAAGACUGUAAAAGUAAGUAAUAAAUAAAUUAUUGGUAAUAUUUUAACAGGUAGGUUAGUUUGGGUCGGCCAAUGUACUGCCAGUGUAGUCACAUUACACAUAGGUACAAUUAUUGUACACUGGUUAAUGGUUAUGUAGUGUAUAGAUAGGUAUCUAGUCGCAUGAAAUCAGUGUUUAUGAGAAA